ACUACACAACAACAACAACGACGACGACGACGAAGAGGAGGAUGAUAGAGAUGACGGCCGGAUGACGUUAUCACCCACUCGUCUAACGCCGCCGCCGCCGCCGUUAUCAUCGUAGCGUUUUGACCGCCAUUCGACGACGACGACCAACAUCCAAACUAACUACUCCGCAGUACGAUAUACUCUCGCCCGGACGACAGCGCGCCAACCGCCACUCGCCAGUCGGCGUCCGACACCACUCAUACUAUUGGUACCUAUCCUGUGUCCUGUGUUCUGUGCACGAGCGCCCGAGCACUGAGCAGUCGCCGCCGCGAUAUGACGUCCCGCAGUUGUUAGUUGGCCGUCGUUUGUCUGUUUGUCUACACGCCCUCGAACGGGGACGCCGCUGCCGCCGCCGCCGCCGCCGCCGCCGCUUACGCAAUCGUGCACCGACGGUUUGAACUGUGGCGAUCGCCAUGGCCGACGAAGAGGAGGUUGUCGCUAAAUCCGAAGAAUCUCAAUCAAUAAAUGAAAAUAAUGAUAAUAUCGAAGAUAAUGAACCACCACCUGUUGAUGAUUUAAGUAAAGACAAAGAUUAUGAACAAGUAGACGAAGCUGAUGAUGAAACAACAAUGGAAGAAGAAGAGGCACUUCCAGAAUUGGAGGAUCCUUUAAGAGAAAUACGAUUUUUAGAAGAGGAAAGCAAUAUGCCUAUUCAUGAACUUAUGGUUAUGUAUGGAUAUUCAAAAAAAUCUUCUCCAGAACCCAGUACAAAAAAGAAAAAGAAAAAGAAGAAGAAAAGUUCGUCAAAGAAAAGUAGUAAAGAUAAAAAAAGAAAGAAAAAGCUUUCAACUUCUUCUGAUGGCGUUGCAGAGAAAAAAUCUAAAUCAACUGAUCGGCAAAGAUUUGUAGAAGAAAGUACUGGUGAUUCGUCAAAUAAAAUGUCAGAAGAAACAUUAAAAGAAAAUGGAAGUGUUAAGGAUGGUGAAGAUUGUAAUAAUGCAUCUCAGUUAUUAAAUUUAUAUAUGGCAGAACUUGACCAAGUACAAAGUGAAGAUGAAGAUGAAGACUAUAGACCCUAUUGGGAACUUCAUUGGAAGAGUGUUAAUGUUGGGUUAAAUUUUCAAGCUCUAGUAACAGAUGGGUUAUCUACGUACGGUGAUGUAUUACCUUAUGAAAACAACGAUGAACUUUUAUGGGAUCCAAAUGUGUUGGGUGAAGAUUUAAUCGAAGAUUAUUUGACAAAAAUUCAGCAAAUUACAAAGGCAUUAAAGCCAAAAUCUAAAGUUGUUGGUAUUCGUGAUAAUGAAAAGGCACUUUACUUGUUAGUUCAGUGUGGUCAUGAUGUUGCUGAAGCUCUCAGAAGAAUGUCAUUAAAUGUAAUACCAUUGGAAAAAUCAUUAAGUGUCUGGUCAGAAGAUGAAACAUUAAAGUUUGAGAUGGGACUACUGAUUAGUGGAAAAAAUUUUCAUGCUAUACAAAAAGAGGUCAAAACUAGAUCAGUAGCAGAGUUGGUUCAUUUUUACUAUUUUUGGAAAAAGAGUGAUAGGCAUGAUCAAUUUGAAAGAAAACAAGUUUCAAUGCGUCCAGAAUUGAAGCAGUGGCAACAUUGGGAUUCCGAAGAAGAUCAAGAUAGUGAUUUUGAUACAAGUAUGUUUGCAGAUAAUAGUCAUGAUGAUAGUGAAGAUAGCUUGAACGCUGCUGAAAAUAAAGCGCAAAUGAAAUGCUUAAUUUAUGCUGAUCGCAAAAGACAAAUUGAGAAUUAAUAAAUCAUCAAAAAUUGUGUUAUAUCGUCAAAUUUAAUACAAUGUAAUAGUUCUUCAUGGUAACAUAAUGCCUGACACUCGGAAACCAUUUGAGAUAUCCACAGAUAAUGCAUAAUUACCCAUUCAAGUUACAUUUGGAAAUAGAUACUUCAAUAAUAGUUAUUCUCAAAUAUCAGACUAACUUAAAGUUUUCACCACAAUAUUUAAUUUCAGCCAUGGUGACACAGGUUUGCAUAAAAUACAAAGUUGAUCUUAGAGGAUUAUAUAACUAACAUAUAUAUAGUAUCUUAAAUAUUAAAUUAAUAUUUAAAGUUUAAGUUAGAAAUUUAGUAAAAAAAUAACUAAGGAUAUGAAGUUAUAAUAGUUAAGUGGUAUUUAAAAAUGUAUU